UUUUUUUCUUUCUUUCUUUAUCCUCUCUUUAUCCAUGCCAACUGUAUUCUCUAAACUGGCUUUUGAGGAAUGGCGACUGUGGUUUGUGCCAUAUACGAAGCGUAUAUUAAAGAAUUAUGGUGUCUAUAAACCAUGGAUACAAAAGUCCAUCUUUAUCUUUUUCCUAAUAAGAGCCGUGUUGUCUAUGCGAAAUUUAAUGAAGGCGUUUAAAAAGAGUCAACCGAUCAAAAAGAAUAAAAAAGCAGAGGUGAAUAUGACUUUUUUUAAACAGUUCUUCAAAAUACUCAAAAUUGUCAUGCCUGGUCUUCGCUCCAAAGAGUUUUGGUUGUUGAUGGUGCAUUCAGGAUUCUUGGGUAAGACAAAAGUAGACGACAUACGAAUGACUAAUAAGUUAGUAUUUAGAACUGUCUUGUCUGUCUAUAUUGCUUCUUUAGAUGGUAGAAUUGUAAGUGCACUUGUCAGGGGUCAAGCAAGAGAAUUUAUGCUCGGUAUUGGAUGGUGGAUGACUGUAGCUAUUCCUGCUACUUACACAAAUAGCAUGGUAAGUGUGUCCCUACUUAUACAUUGGACUGAACUGUCUUUUUAGCUGAGCUACAUGCAGAGUAAACUGGCUAUUCAAUUCCGUACUCGUCUAACCACCUAUAUCCACAACCAAUACUUGACCGAUAUGACUUUUUAUGCCGUUGGUAACCUAGAUGACCGUAUCAAAAACGCCGAUCAAUGCAUCACAGUCGACACCAUGAAAUUCUCCAACUCAUUAGCCGAACUCUAUUCCAACUUGGCUAAACCUAUACUAGAUGUCUUUAUCUAUAAUUAUCAAUUGACACGCACAGUAGGAUUUGAAGCUGUUUUUUUAGGUUCAUUGAUUAUCAAUGCUUCUUCUGUCAUGAUGCGUAAAUACACACCUUCUUUUGGUA